ACCUCCAUCCCACCUCUAUCCUUUCCUUCUUAUCUAUCUCUCGUUAAAAUAAUCAGCCUUAACCUUUCACUCCACUCCACACUUUCCACUUGAAUCUCCCACACUUUCCACCUCCAAAACAAACACAACAUAACUAUGACUUCCUCCCAUGAUGAAACCUCAACCUUAGAUGUCAUAAGGCAGCAUCUUCUCGACGAAACUCUCCUCACCCACAACUUCUCGUUUCAUUCUUCCGACAAAUCUGAUCAAACGUGCUUCUCCGAACGUAAGCCCUCCUUAAACAUCUCUGUUUCUCAGAUCAACAAUAAAGUUGACUUCAGUUCUGCUGAGAGGAGGAAUUACAGGGGGGUUCGUCAACGCCCCUGGGGCAAGUUCGCGGCGGAGAUCCGUGACCCGACCCGGAAAGGCACUCGGGUCUGGCUGGGGACGUUCGAGUCGGCUGUUGAGGCUGCCAAGGCUUACGACAGCGCCGCGUUUAAGUUGCGUGGCAGCAAAGCUAUCUUGAAUUUCCCCCACGAUGUCGGCAACUUGCCGGCGCCGGCGGAAGAUGGCCGGAAAAGAAGCGCAGAUUCGCCGGAAGUGGACGUUGAACGGAAAGUAGCGAAGACGGAAGAGGAGGUGAUCGAGGAGGAGGUUAAGACGGUGGAGCUGAGCCCGUUGACGCCGUCGAAUUGGACGGGGGUUUGGGAAGGCGGGAAGAAUGAUAAGGGUAUAUUCGAGAUUCCCUUGCUGUCUCCGAUGACACCAGCUUGUUCUAAAGUGUCAAAUAGUAUAUAGAAGACGAUGAUGAGUAGAAGCAGUGUAUAAUAGUGGAAGCAAUGUAAGUGUAUUGUUAGUAGUAUUCAUUUUUCGAUUGAUUAUGGUCUGUUUUCAUCGGUACAGCUAUAUAAAUUGAAGGUUCAUCUCUUAA